AUGGCAAGCAACCGUGCCCCAAAACAGUGGUCUCUCACAAAACACGAAACAAUAACAUCGUUUGAAGCAUGGCGUCAAAAUUUACAAUAUACAUUAUCGUUAGACCCAAACUUCGCCCCAUUUUUGAUCGAUGGGGUAACUUGGCUGAGAAAGACCACCACCGCCCCCCUUCGUGGUUUCGGAAAUGAUUCCGAUACCGUACCCGUAACACGUCGUCGUACUGCAGAGCAAAAAGCAGCCAAACUGGAGCUUAUAUUGGGCCAAAUAGCCAAUUUUUGCCCUGUAAUUUCCCGAAAAACUAUUGUCAAAAACUCGACAUCUUUGAGCACUAUUUGGCAAUCAAUUCGAGCUCACUUUGGGUUUCAGUCCACAGGUGGUCAUUUCUUAGACUUUAAUAACAUUCACUUAGAAACUGAUGAGCGUCCGGAAGACCUUUACCAAAGGCUUGUUAGCUUCAUUGAUGACAAUUUGCUCAAAGCUGAUGGUGGUAUUCGACACCAUGGUGAAAACGUUACAGCUGAUGAAGACAUCUCCCCAACAAUGGAGAACAUAAUUGUGUUGACAUGGCUACGCCUUAUCCAUCCUUUUUUACCGGCUCUAGUCAAACAGCGCUAUGGUGCUGAACUUCGAUCACAAACCGUUGCGUCCCUCAAACCUGAAAUUUUCCAAGCACUAGACUCCCUCCUUGACGAAAUUAACUCCGCCAACGAUGCAAAAGUCCUCCGUACUGCUCUCCAACAAUCCCUCAAACACCCUCAAUCCAGUAGUCGCCGUCAAACCCCUACAGCCCUACCACGGACAUCCAAAACCCCAACAAAAAGUUACCCCUUGUGCAGACAAGCCGGUCGACAACACCAACACUACCUGAGUAGAUGCCCCUACCUCCCAGUUGAAGACAAGCAAUACCUCUCCCGCUCAAGACAGGUAGUCGGCACAGAACCGGGAGACCCGCUAUCUGAUUGCGAAGUAGACGACCUGUGGGAUUCCCACAACUACCGAAUCAAGACUACCACCAACCGAGUUAGUGUUAAGCAGUCACCCCAUCUCCAGGCCUUCUAUGCCCAUCACCCACUACUCUUGACAUUAGACACAGGAGCAGAAACAAGUAUGAUAAAGACCAGCAUUGCCAAUGAAAUUGGAGCUCCUAUAGAGAAGACUACUCAGAAAGCCCUCCAAGCAGAUGGUAUUACUCAGUUAGCCGUCGUCGGAGAAGUCCAUUUGACUUUUUAUCUUUAAAUAUAAUAGUAAAUUUGAACUUCCCGCUGAAAUUCGUGAGGCGUCAACAGUGGAAACUUUUAAAAGCAGACUUAAGACCUUUCUUUUUAAAAAGGCAUUUUAUCUUUAAAUAUAAUAGUAAAUUUGAACUUCCCGCUGACAUUCGUGAGGCGUCAACAGUGGAAACUUUUAAAAACAGACUUAAGACCUUUCUUUUUAAAAAGGCAUUUUAUCUUUAAAUAUAAUAGUAAAUUUUAAACAUGUAUAUAUAGGUAUCAUCUCAUACUUUAUAACAUUUUAUUUGAAUUUGUAAUGAUAGCGCUUUAGAAUAUUUAUAGUGUUUAGCGCUUUAUAAAUUAAUAAAUUAUUAUUAAUUAUUAUAAUUACUUUGUCCCGCAACCACCUUAAUUUGCAGUUGGAUGCACUUGUCGUUGAUAGUUUGGACGUCGAUGUAAUAGCCGCGACUCCUUUCAUGAUCACCAAUGACAUCUCCCUCCGGCCAUCCAAGCAAGAUGUCACCAUUCAAGGAAGCGAGAACGUGUAUUAUGGCUCCAGACAACCAGCUGGGACCAUAGGCUCGGUCCGACGAACACAGGAUACAGUCCUUCGUGCCCCAUCGUACUCCACCGUAAUUUGGCUGGGACAGUACCUUGAAUUAGACCUUCCCGAUCACGUAGACCCGGAUUCUAUCCUUGCCCUAGAACCCCGUAAGGAUUGUUCUAGAUCAGACUGUGAGUGGCCAAGCCCCCAUAUUGUACAGGCACUCGCAAGAAAGAUCCGUAUAACCAAUCAGACCCCUCGCCCUAAACAUAACCCUCGUCAUGACCAUCUGUGUCAGAUCCUACCAACCAACAUCCCAUAUCCACACCCCGACGUUCCCAAAUCCAGCAACAGCAACCCAGUAGCACCCUCCUCUCCUACACCCAUGAACAUUCCUUAUCUGUCCAGCUAGACCCCGAUUCUAUCCUAUCAAAGAGCAUGCACUCUGAAUUCAGCCGGUUAGUUAAAGAAUAUGACGAUGUUUUUGAUAAAAUUAUCUCUGGAUACAACGGUGCAGCCGGCCCCUUUGAAGCUGUCGUAAAUAUGGGCCCAGUGCAACCACCACAACGCAAAGGCAGACUCCCCCAAUAUGCGCCGAACAAGCUGGUCGAGCUUCAACACAAAUUUGACGAGCUUGAAUCGCUAGGCAUUUUCCAGACCCCUGAAAACCUUGGCAUAACCGUUGAAUACCUUAAUCCAUCAUUCCUCAUUAAAAAGCCAAGUGGAGGACACCGACUAGUCACGGCCUUUGAUGAUGUUGGUCGAUACAGCAAGCCACAGCCGUCAUACCCGAUGUCGAUUCUACCCUCAGAACAAUCGCCAAAUGGAAGUACAUCAUCGUAUCUGACCUUACCAGCGCUUUCUAUCAGAUACCACUUGCUAAAGGUUCCAUGA